AUGGACGAGCCAAUGGCAAAGAAAGCGGGCGGCACCAACAACGAAAGAAGGACUAAAAUUAAAUUUAAUAACAUCAACGACGAAACAAGAACCACCAAAUUUGACGACACCAGUGACGAAGAACCACCGAAUUCGAC